GCCUGGCUUUUGGGUCGCCUCAUCCUGCAGCUUAGUCUUGUCAGAGUUGAUUGCAGGUGGAGACUAGCAGAUUGUGAGGUGAGGCUUUGGGCAAGGUCACCUCACUUCAGAGUAUGAAGGACGCUGCCCGGAGAAGGAAGAGGACUAUAUUUAGUGUUUGGGCUCAGUCUGUAGUGGACUCCCCACUACCCAUUCUUUGCAGAACUUGCAGAACUAUUGUUGACCCCUGGUUGCAAACGCUCUGUGGCUUUGAAGUUCAUAACACAAAAACGGAGUGGAUACCCAAAAAGAAAAGAAGAAAACAUUGUUGGUGAUCCUGGAUUCUACUCGUGGAUUUCAGGUGGGAUAAGAAGAGAGAACAACCACAUGGGAUCAAACAAAGGUUCCUGCACGAGAAGGUCUUAAAGAAUGCGGUCAAAAAGCAGCGACAAGGCGGGCUCACCCCCACAACAAUUUGGGAGACAGAGUAAAGACCAUAGUGCCCAAGGUCCUGAGGGAACGAAGCACAGCAAGCAAAGCAAAGGCCUAGUGAGUGAGUUGGAUGCAAUUGCUCCAUGUCCCAUGCCAGAGAAUUCACACCACGUCAAUGGCCACCAAGGCCAAGACCUCUCAAGAGAUGACCUCUUAUUCCUCCUCAGCAUCCUGGAAGGAGAACUGCAGGCCCGAGAUGAAGUUAUAGGUGUUUUAAAGGCUGAAAAAAUGGACUUGGCUUUGCUGGAAGCUCAGUAUGGGUUUGUCACUCCAAAAAAGGUGCUCGAGGCUCUUCAACGGGAUGCUUUUCAAGCAAAAUCUGCCCCCUGGCAGGAGGACAUCUAUGAGAAACCAAUGAAUGAGUUGGACAAAGUUGUGGGGAAACAUAAGGAAUCUUACAGACGACUGCUGGAACAGCUUUUACUAGUCGAAAACUCCCACCAGCAAGCCCUGGUAGAGUUGGAGGAAGAGAAGAGAAAGCAUAGGGAAUACAUGAAGAAGAGUGAUGAAUUCAUCAGCUUACUGGAACAGGAGUGUGAAAGAUUAAAGAAGCUGAUUGUCCAAGAAACUGGAUCCCAAGAACAGAAGGACCAGGAAAAUGAAAAGAAGGUCACUGCCCUGAAGGCGGAGCUGACCAAAUUGAAAUCUUUUGCUUUGAUGGUGGUGGACGAACAACAAAGGCAGACCGUACAGCUCGCCCUUCAAAGACAGAAAAUCCAAGAGCUGACCACAAGUGCACAGCAAACACAUGCUAAGCUAGCCUUUGCUGAAGCCAAAGCUCAGGAGGAAGCGCAGAAGGCCACCAGAAGGGAGGAAGAGCUCCAAACACAGGCCUCAGAGUUUCGCCAGAAACAAGAAGCAAUUAUGGCGAAGCUCACCAACGAGGACAGCCAAAACCGUCAGCUCAGACAGAAGCUGGCAGCACUCAGCCGGCAAAUUGAUGAGCUAGAAGAGACCAACAGGUCUUUACGAAAAGCGGAAGAAGAGCUGCAAGACAUCAAGGAGAAAAUCAGCACCGGGGAGUAUGGGAACUCUGGUCCCAUGGCCGAAGUGGAGGAGCUCCGGAAGCGCGUGCUGGAAAUGGAGGGGAAGGACGAAGAGCUCAUAAAGAUGGAAGAGCAGUGCCGAGAGCUCAAUAAGAGGCUGGAGAAGGAAACGUCCCAGAGUAAAGACUUUAAACAAGAGGUUGAAAAACUCAGCAAAAAGAUUAUGGCUCUGGAAAAAUUAGAAGAUGCUUUCAACAAAAGCAAAGAUGAAUGUUACUCUCUGAAAUGCAAUUUAGAAAAAGAGAGGACGACCACAAAGCAGUUGUUUCAAGAACUGGAGGGUUUGAAAGUCAGGAUCAGAGAGCUCGAAGCCAUUGAAAGUCGGCUGGAGAAGACCGAAUUCACCCUCAAAGAGGAUUUAACCAAAUUGAAAACAUUAACUGUGAUGCUUGUAGAUGAACGGAAGACCAUGAGUGAGAAACUCAAGCAAACGGAAGACAAGUUGCAAGUGACUGUGUCUCAGCUUCAAGUGGAGGAAAGUAAAGUGACCACGGUUACCCAGAAGUUAAUUGAGGAAACUAAACGGGCACUCAAAUCCAAAACUGAUGUGGAAGAAAAGAUAUACAGCGUAACCAAGGAGAGAGAUGACCUCAAAAACAAGCUGCAGGCAGAGGCUGAGAAAGGAAACGACCUCCUGGCCACAGUUAGCAUGUUGACCAACAGGCUCCAGGCCCUGGAAUCCAGUGAGAGAGAUUCCCUCAAAAACAAGGUCAAACAAGAUUCUGGGAAGCCCACAAUAUUACACCAGGAAAACAAUAAGAUUAAAGAGCUCUCUCAGGAAGUAGAAAGACUGAAACUGAAGCUGAAGGCCAUGAAGGCCAUUGAGGAUGACCUCAUGAAAACAGAAGAUGAGUACGAGACCCUAGAACGAAGGUACGCCAGCGAACGAGACAAAGCCCAAUUUUUGUCUGAAGAGCUGGAACACGUUAAACUAGAACUUGCCAAGUACAAGUUAGCAGAAAAGACAGAGUCCAGCCACGAGCAAUGGCUUUUCAAAAGGCUGCAAGAAGAAGAAAUGAAGUCAGGACACCUCUCCAGGGAAGUGGACGUACUGAAAGAGAAAAUUCACGAAUGCAUGGCAACCAAAGACCUCAUAUGUCACCUCCAGGGAGAUCACUCAAUUCUGCAAAAAAAACUCAAUCAACAAGAGAACAGGAACAGGGAUUUAGGACGAGAAAUCGAAAACCUCACGAAAGAGUUAGAGCGGUACCGACAUUACAGUAAGACCCUCCGGCCUAAUCUCAAUGGAAGAAGAAUCUCUGACCCUCAAGUGUUUUCUAAAGAAGUCCAGACAGAAGUAGUAGACAAUGAACCACCUGAUUACAAGAGUCUCAUUCCUCUGGAACGAGCAGUCAUUAACGGUCAGUUGUACGAGGAGAGCGAGGACCAGGACGAGGAUCCUACCGAUGAGGAACCAGUGCUGUCCUUCAAAUGCAACUCAUCAACUCCCUGUCCUGUUAACAGGAAGCUGUGGAUUCCCUGGAUGAAGGCCAAGGAGAGCCACCCUCAGAAUGGCAAAAUACAAAUUAAACCCAAUGGCAACUUUGUGCAGCCUGGAGAUCUGGUCCUGAGCCAUACGCCUGGGCAGCCGCUUCACAUUAAAGUUACUCCAGACCACGUCCAAAACACGGCUACUCUUGAAAUCACAAGCCCGACUCCAGAGAGCCCGCACUCCUACACCAGCACAGCAGUGAUACCGAAUUGUGGCACUCCAAAGCAGCGGAUAACCAUCCUCCAAAAUGCCUCCAUAACACCGCUGAGACCCAAAACCUCUGCAGAAGGCCUUGCCACCUUAGAGCAGAGCAUCCCCCCGAUUACCACGGCAACCUUUGCCAGAGCGCAGACCCCGGAGUCCUGUGGUUCUGUAACCCCAGAAAGGACAAUGUCACCUAUUCAGGUUUUGGCUGUGACUGGUUCGGCUAGCUCUCCUGAGCAGGGGCGCUCCCCAGAGCCAAUAGAAAUCAGUGCCAAGCACGCAGUUUUCAGAGUCACCCCAGACUCCCGGCAGGCAUCAUGGCAGUUCCAACGUUCAAACAGUAACAGUUCAAGUGUGAUAACUACUGAGGAUAAUAAAAUCCACAUUCACUUAGGAAGUCCUUACGUGCAAGCUGUGGCCAACCCCGUGAGACCGGCCAGCCCUUCAGUCCUGCCGCAGGAUAACCGAACUCCAGGCCUAACUAAUGGGGCACUAAGCAAAUUGACCAGUAAAGUCACCAGCAGUAUCACUAUUACACCAACGGCCACACCUCUUCCUCGACAAUCACAAAUGACAAUAAAGGAGGCCUGCAAGCAGAGAAUCCCAGCACGCAUCCCUAAAUCAAAAUCUACAAACAUCACUCAACUUUCUACCGUGACUCCCGCAGGACCUCUGGAUGAGCCUGUUCACCAGGCUGGCUUGGGGAAGCUACACAUCAUAAAGACUGUUACCUCCAAACACUGUCCUCCACACGAGAAGGCAAAAGGUAAGCCAUGCCAAUGCACCAUCUGGAUACAAUCGCCAACAGCAGAGCCUGGAGUGAGGGAAUGACCAGUAUGAAAGGCCCAACGAGGAAGGGCCAGGCCUCCCAGUGAAGCAGCAAACUGGCAGUUGGUUCAUUCACAGCUGGAUGGGCCUGGUGAAGAUCAUCCAGAAAGGGCAGCCCAUCUACAAUUAUGACGUCUAUGUUUGUGUAGACACAUACACACACACACACACACACACACGCUCAUAUACACAUUUACAAGCACAUCUCCUCCCCCCUCACCAAAUCCACCCAAUCUGUCUUAGAUAUGACUGAAUUCACUAGAACAGUCUGUGAGUUGUCUAGUGAACAUAGAAAGGGGAGAGGGGGGAAGUGGCAAUUCUUAGCUCCGACGAAAGAAACAACAAAAUGCGUAACUGCUGUACAUAUCUUUUCACCGUCUACUUGAGCAUCACUGGGGCAGUGAUCAUAGUGACCCGUGGCACAACGUUCUGUCCCAAUGUUCCAGUAGGCUAAGCUCCUAUUUUCACCAGGCUGUGGAAUCAGCCUGCUAGAUUUUUAGGGCAAACCCAUUUCAGAUGGCCAAGGCUACUUUCUAUAACCAUCACGGUAGUUGAGACAAAGGCUGCCAAUAUUAAUAUCUUUCACAGAAUAUGAAUCAUUGUUCUGCAAAAUUAAAAACAUACAUACACACAUACACGAAAGGGGGAAAAAGUAUCAUACUAAGGAAUGUUGAAUCCAACUAGCUAUCUAUAAGGCUGGAAAUAAUCCCAUCAGUAAGUUAGAAUAAUUUUUCUCUUUAUUACCCUGAAAACUCUUUUUCAUUGAAUCAAGAGAGAGAUGUAAUUUAGUGUGGCCAGAGAAACACGAGGAUGCUCUAAGUCAAAUAGGCACUGAUGACACAAGAGUUUUACACUUCACACAGCCUGGACCAGAGAUAAACGGCUGUGAGAUGAAGAGCAGGACUGAAUGUCCUGUGGGCUCCUGCACCGAGAACUCGAGACAGGACAAUGGAAGGAAUCUGAGAGGAUCAAGGCCGUGUUCCUGCAUCUCUGUCCCGGGAUGGAGCCAGCAGAUGAGGAGCACUCUACUAGCCAAGCCCGGGUCAAUGCACUAAACAGAUACUCAACCCUAUUGAGGAGCUCAGUGGUGCUGUGGGCUAGCCUUCGGACUGCAAACCAGAUACCCGCCCCAAUUUAAAGGAGGAGGAGGAGCUGAAGGCUGGGGCAGAGCCAAAGCGUGCGGUACUGUGUCACAGCCUGAGCAGGCAAGUGGCAAAGGGGAAGGCAGCUAUAAGAGUAAGUUAAAAGCCAGAUGUGGAAAAGUUAAGUUAAAGGAGAGCAAGAAGAAGGGAAUGAACUGCAAAAGAAGGGAAUGAAGUGCAAAUGAAUGUGAUAAAAGCACAAAAACAAUUCAAGAGUGAGGCAAUCUGGAGGGAAGUGGGACGGGCACAGGUGCAAAAGCACAUGUGUGGAGUGCUAGCACUGUGCCUGACAUAGAGCUAGUGUUCAGUACAUUCUCAGAGAAGGGAGGAUGCGAGAGCGAGGAAGAAUUGGGCCCUUUGGUCCCAACCAUGCCCCUCCCAAAUUAGGAUUGACCUUGAAGAGGAGCACAAACAUGUUAUAUACAUAUGAGAUUUCAAAACUUGAAAUUAAGGAGACCGCAGAGUAUGUUUUCAAGUUAGAAUAUGCUGAAGAGCAGGAAAGAAAGACAAAGCACUAUAAAAAGUGUUGAUUCUGACUCACAGCCACCCAUGAACCACUCACAGGAUUUUCAAGAUGUGUAUACCUUUUUUGGAGCAGUGGUCUUAUAGAGGAUA